ACAAGCGGAAUGAAAAAGAACAUGAGAGAGGAAGCCUGAGCUGAAGCCACUUUAGAGUCUAUAAAGACCUAAAAAACCAAAAAAAAAAAAAAAAACUAGGCAUCCACAAAAGAAACAGCAAUACUACACUACUAGUAGAACGCAGGUACGCCAGUGUCCCAAGAACACUCCUGCACACUUCACACUUCACCGUAGCAUAGGAAGAAGAUUGGUACUAGGAGCUUGUGAGUUGUUGGGAUUGACCAGUGGGUAACGUUGUUGCCACAGUCCAGGAAGAACUCAACACCACAGUGCAUUGGUAAGUGGGGGUUGUGAGCGAUGCGGGCGGGGGGCUACACGGUGCACCAGUCGCUGACCGCCGAGGCGGCCGCAGUGCUCAAGCUGUCGUCGGGGCUGGCGCGCCGGCGCGGCCACGCGCAGGUCACGCCGCUGCACGUCGCCUUCACGCUGCUCAGCUCCUCCGCGUCGUCGUCCCCUCUCUUCACCCUCGCCGCAUCCCCGGCCGCCGCCGUCACGCCGUCCUCUUACGCCUACGGCCUCCUCAGGCGCGCCUGCGCAAAGGCACACCCUGGCACCGGCGCCGGCUGCUCGCCUGCGGCCGUUUCGCAACCGUUGCGGUGCCCGGCGCUGGAGCUCUGCUUAAACGUCGCGCUCAACCGGCUCCCCACGGCCAAUGCGGUGGGCUCGCCGCUCUCGUCGCCGUCGUCUUCCUCGGCGUCGUCGACGUCCUUCGCUGCGUCGCUCGUCCAGCAGCCCAACCCGACGCUGUCCAAUGCGCUUGUGGCCGCGCUCAAGCGCGCGCAGACCAACCAGCGGCGCGGUUGCGUCGAGCUGCAGAGCCAGCCACUGCCUCUGCCGCAGCAGCAAGGCGAGCAGCAACAGCCCCUUCUCACGAUCAAGGUGGAGCUGGACCAGCUCAUCGUCUCCAUCCUCGACGACCCCAGCGUGAGCCGGGUGAUGCGGGAGGCCGGAUUCUCCAGCGCCGCCGUCAAGAGCAGCCUCGAAGAGGAGAGCGCCAUGGUGCUCGGCCUCGGCCACCACCACGGCUCCCCGACAUCAUCGUCCUCCCCUGCUCCAUCCGCGGUCUUUCAGUCCCAGUUCCUCCUCGAGCCUUACAGUGGCUUCCCUACGCACCCCAGUGGCUGCGGCAUGUUGUGGCCGGCGGCGCAGUUCUUGAACCAGCCUGACGUUAAGUCGCCAUGCAAGGAGGAGGACGUGACGGCUAUCUUGGAGGUCAUGCUGCGGAAGCAGGGGAGACGAACCAACCCCGUCGUUGUCGGCGACUCUGCGUCCGUCGCCGAGGCGUCGGUCGCCGAGCUGAUGAGGCGGCUCGAGAGAGGCGACGUCCCCGACGAGAUGCGCGGCGCGCCCGUGCUCUGGCUCCACCUCUCCCACGUCCACGUCCGGGUCAUGACCCGCGCCGACGUGGACGCGUGGGUGGCCGACCUGCGCCGCAGCGUCGCCGCCGGAACCAGCGCCAAGGCCGGCCUGGUCAUCUACGUCGGCGACAUGCACUGGGCCGUCGACCACGACGACGCCAUCCGCGCCCAGGCGACAGGAAGCUUCAGCCCCGCCGAGCACAUGGCCGCGGAGAUGGCGCGCCUGCUCGGCGACCUUCGCGCCGCGGCGCGCGGGCGCGUCUGGCUCGUGGCGGCCGCGAGCUACCAGACCUACAUGCGGUGCCAGCGGCGGAGGGCGCUGGAGGUGACGUGGGCACUGCAGCCGGUGGCCGUCCCUGCCGGCGCCGGCACCGGCCUCGGCCUGGCACUCGACCCUCCCGCCGCAAGCAGCACGACAGGCGCGAAGAUCGGGAAACUUGCUCGGUUUCCACUGCUGGAUUUGGCACCCAAGGAAGAGGAUGGUGUGCUGGUCUUUUGCCCCAAAUGUGCCAGGAACUACGAGAUGGAAGCAUCAGCAGUGAGAGCAAAAGCAGAAGGCACCAAUCUUGCCCUGACUUAUUUCCCAGGUUGGCCGCAGGCGGAUGAGCCCCAAACGUCACAUAAGGUUGAUCUGAUGGAUCUGAAGAGGAAAUGGACCAGAUUGUGCCAAAGGGUUCACUUGCAAUACCACCAACCGACUUGUCCAUCCAAUGCAACGUCAAGCGCUCCAGGGCUCUGCUUAAGCUUUGAGACACCAACCACAAGCAAGAUCAACCACCAGGCUGUGAAGACCACGCUCAGCCUGCUCCUUCCGUGCUCCGCGGAGACAUCUGAUGAGGUCCACUACCACAGGAGCGAGGACAUGGACGCAAAUCUAGCAGCGCAAGAACCAGAUGCGGCGAAUAGAUACAGCGACACGAAAAGCACUUCGCGGCUGUGGCUCGAUGAGCUGCCGUCCGGCGAUCUCAAGAGAAAGGCAGAUACGGACCAGCUGCCGGGUGAAUCCAAGCGCUGGAGAGGAAGUGGCGGCCUUGAUCUGAACCUAUGUGCUGACGGCGAGGAGGACGGUGGCAGCAGCAGCGAAGACGAGCCUGUUCCAAGUGAUUUGACAAACGACGGAGAAAGCAGCGGCGUCUUGACUGACAGCCACGACAGCCAUAGUUAGGCUGUGACUUGGAUCGCAGAGCUAUGGCACCAUGGCCGUAUGGUAGGGCCAGCCGGAGAUGGAGCUCCCGGCGGACAAGGUUGUCCGUGGUUGUUGCUGCUUUCAACAUCAAAAUUCAAAAUUGGCGGGGAGGGACCGAGGGAGAGGGAGGAUGGUGGUGGCAACGGUAUAUGGGGGCUUAUUAUCCUACACUCUAGGGUCCAAGCGGGCUGAGCUCAUAGGCUCCCAAUUUUUGUUCUGCUGUAGUGUGUCUCAAUGAAUGAAGUUCUUUGUAUAAUUACUUGUAGACUAAAUAGCAUUGGCAUCUAGCAGCUGGUAGUACUAUCUUAGCAGUGAGCACUGAAAUUCUAUU